ACUUUCAAAAUAGCAACAGAGCAUGCCUUUAUACCAUGCAUUAUUGAAACGGUAAAUGAUAAUUGUGAGGUUGGAUAGCUGUGUGAAACUAAAUCAUUACCUGUUUGACACUAGCAUUGAAUAAGGUCAACUCUACUAAUUGAUACAUGAAAUAAUCAGUGCAGGUAGAGAAUAAAGUCAGAAAUGAAGAAAAUAGGUUCUGACAAAUGCUAAGUGGAGAGUAGAUCCACAGCAAUCAGGUGGGGGUUUGGGGACAGAGGCCCUGAUAGACAAAUAGAGAGAUGAGCUGAAUUAGGAAGAGUUUUAGUUCAUAUAGCAAUUUUUGUGGAUUCCCAGGAGUGGCUGGUGAAUUAGGAACUGAGAAAGGUGUGGUCAUUUUGUAAAAAAAAAUACAAAUUACAUUUGUGUUGGAGAACAAUGACAAAUUCAACCAUAUUACACCAUGAAUAAUUAGAACAGGGAAUUAUUAUUGCAAGGUUAGAUGGCUGUGUGAAACUAAAAAUUCAGGUUGAUUCACACUGCUCCAUUACAUCACAUCACCAUUCCGUCAACCAUGCCAUGUAUUCACAAUGUUCAUCAUGUCAUUGUCUCAUCACAUCUCAUUAUUGUCAGUGAUUUUGUGAUUUUGAGUCAGAAAUUAUGAGUAUACCAUGAUAAAGUUUCUGCCAGAUAAUGUGGAUGAUAUUGUAUUUGUAACACAUAAUUUGCAUAAUUUCAUGAAAGAUCAGAGUAAUGCAAAUAUUCUCAACUCCUCACUCCCUAUGCAUAGCAGACAUUUUAGGUGAUACAGGUCGACAAGUAAAGAAUGCUACUCAAAAUGUAUUCAUUGUGAGGGAUAAAUUAAAUACAUUCUUUGGUUGCCAUUCUGGUUCAGUAUCUCGCCAGUAAUUCAGAUUGAAAUUUAUCAGUAAUUUAUAACAUUUAAAAGGAAGGGAAUGCUUUGAUUCAAAGAUCUGUAUGUGAUGAAUAUUGUGAAUCAGCCUUUACCCUGUGAUUCUGUCUUGAAUCUGAGGGGAUUUAAGUAUUUAGGUUUGUGGUUGUCUGUUGAGUUUAUUGUUGAUAUGAUGUCAAAAGAUAUUACGAAUAUUGAUAUUUUGUUGAUUUGUAUGUAUACAUUUUCUUGCUAUAUUGGAUUUGCUUUAGCCUCUAUUACUUUUGCAAAUAGUUGUAAAGAUAGCUCUACUUUCAAGUCUGGUUUUAUGAGGUAGUAUUGUGUUUCACAUAACUCAAUUCUGAGCAAUUUCCCUGAAGUAUUUUGAAAAAUGAUUGGAAUAGCUCCCCUAGAGAUCAUAAGAGUGUGGCAUGCCCAUACCAGUGACAUUUUCUUCCUCAAACUCUUGUAUACCAGCCAGACUGCGGGUGAUGUUUGGAAUAGGACUACAUGAAGCAGUACCAUCACCUCAACACUUCCUGUCAUAGCAAAAGCCAACAAAUCUCUCCCGAGAUAGAUAAAUGUGAUUUAGGAAAGGUAACAUGGAAGAGCCUUUACAUGAGGUACCCCAAAACCUCCAGAUGCUUGUACGUCUGGUGGUGAGAGGAUUUUACACCAUUGAGGACAUUUUGAUAAUAGACAUGCUUGUCAGGAACUUUUGCAUGAGUGAAGAUGACUUAUGUGACCUCCUGAAAUUUGAUCGUAAAAUGCUGAGGCAGCGAAUAAACACCCUCCGAGCAGAUAAGUUCAUCCAAGCAAGAAAUAAGAUGGUUACCUUAGAGGAUGGCAAGUCCCAAAAGGAACAGUAUUAUUUUGUAAAUUAUAAAAGUUUUGUUAAUGUUGUCAAAUAUAAGUUGGACCACAUUCGCAAGAAAUUGGAAAUGGAGGAACGUGACCAAACAAGCCGUGCUUCAUUUAUAUGUCACUACUGCCAGCGCUCCUAUACUGACCUUGAGGCAGACCAGUUGCUGGACACCAUGACAGGACAGUUACUAUGCAUCAUCUGUAAGCAAGAAGUGCAGGAAGAUAUGUCAGGGAUGCCACGUCAUGAUUCUCGCCUCCUCUUGACCAGAUUCAAUGAACAGAUGGAGCCUCUCUUUAACCUUCUACGAGAGGUUGAGAGUAUAAAACUGCAUGCAAAAUUCUCUGAGCCGCAGCCCAAGGACUUCAGUGACCUCAAGAAACCGGGCCAAGCACCAGUGAAAAAGAUUGCCUCUUCUGGGGAACCUGGAAGAGCAUGGUCUGGGGAUGCCACUAAGAAAUCUGGAUUCCAGGUGGAAGGCUCUAUUGAUGUUAACAUUAAUGCAGAAGGAACAGGUGAAGAAACGGUACAAGCCAAGGAAAAACCUAUUUGGCUUUCAGAUGCCACAUCGCUCAUCACAACAAAUAUUACUUCCUUGGAGCCUUCAGUACCACAGAAUGAGAUCAAGAGUACACCAUCAGCCAGUAACAACCAGCAACCAUCUAAUGGAGGUUCAGAUGAUGUCAUGAUGCUGCUCCAGGCUCAUGAGCGAAAAUCCAAAAAGGGUGGUGGACGUAACUCAGACAGUGAUUCUGAUGACAGUGAUGAAGCUGCAGUAGCAACUAAAAAUGAUCCAACUACAGCUUUUGGCUUAGAUUCCAGAGUAUCGGACACGGAAAUCAUGGACUCCGAGGAAGAUGAUUCAGUGCCCAUGGUGAGUGUGGCAGGAACAAAGGUGGCUAUUACAGAAGUGGACAACACACUUAUCUCUAAGAUGACUCAAGAGGAAAAGAAUGCAUACAUGCUAACUUACCAAGAUUAUGUGGGUUCCUUAGAUGAUUAAGCACAUCACAUUAGUUGAUUCUUUACUCCCUAAUAUCAGGUAAAGACUUAUUUGUGAAUGUAAAGGGGGUAUCAACACCUAAGUGCAUAAGUCUGUUACUUUUUGUUUUCUUUUCUGGCUAUAGCAAGAAACACUUUGUUAUAGGUGUUUUGAAAAACAUUGCCCAGUUUUCUUUUAAGUAAUUUUUCCCUUUUAGAAUCCUUUAUGUUUGGUAAAUUUUGUCAACCCUUGUAUAGAUAUUUGAUUAUUAGUGAAUCAAUUCAAGUAUAUAAAAGCCUGAUGUGAGGGAAUCACUAGUAAAUCCAAUGCAAUAAUAUACAGGUGAUCAAAUAAGUAUAGUUAAUAUAUAACUGAAACCAUUUUGCAGUCUGGUAAAUAACAUUCCCUCCCUUCAUAUAUUUGUGAAUUAAUUUCUUUGAUGUGAUAUUUGUGUCAGAGUGGCAUGUCUUGUCUUUAGAAUCAGAUGGAGAUUUUUGUUUUUUAUUGCUUUAAGAAUUAGAUUUUUGUUUAAAAAAACUGUAUUAAUCCUAGUGCCAUUUUUCAACUUGGUAAUGCUGUAGUAAGUAAAUACAUAACUGAAAAAAGCUUAUAUGACUAUUAUGGGUAGAUUGUGACACUUACUCCAAGUGAAGUUGUAUCUGAGCAUAUUAUUUAGAAUUCAGUUGAUGUACAUCAACUUUGAUAUACAAAAGGAAUGGUCUGAUAUGUUUGAAUAUAAGGAAUUACCUAAUGGUUUAUGUGUAUGAAGUUUUCUAAAGAUUUAUUUUAAUAAAUAAUUUUUGACAACAGGA